CCGGUAGCGGCGGCGCUGCGAAAUGGCGGCGCCCAGCGCGGCGGCGGCAGCGGCGGGGGGCGGCGGCGGCGGCGGGGGGUUCGAGCCAUGGCUGGCGGCGCGGCUGGAGGCGCUGGGGCUCGACCGCGCCGUGUACGGCGCCUACAUCGCGGGGCUGCUCCGCGAGGAGGAGGGCGACGAGGAGCGGCUGGAGGCGCUGCGCGGGGUGCUGGCCGCCUGCCUGGAAGAAGAUCUCUUAAACGAUGUUUGCAGGGAAGUAGUCGAGAAGUGGUCUGAAUCUCAGAUUGUUGACGCCAAAGAGAAAAAAGAAGAUGAGAUCCAAGCGAUUGCCAGCAUGAUGGAGAAGCAGGCCAAGAUUGUCGUGAAGCCAAAGGAGAUCUCCCAGGAAGAGAAGCAAAGGAAAGCUGCCCUCCUGGCCCAGUAUGCCAACGUGACAGAUGAGGAGGAUGGCGACGAUGAACAGGAUGGAUCUGUUGGGACAGCAGUAAAUAUUGGAUCAGAGAAAUCGCUGUUCCGAAACACCAAUGUGGAGGAUGUCUUGAAUGCCCGAAAGCUGGAACGGGAGCUGCUGCGAGAUGAGUUCCAGAAGAAAAAAGAGCAAGAUAAACUCCAGCGAGAGAAGGAUAAGCUAGCCAAGCAGGAGCGGAAGGAAAAGGAGAAGAAAAGGACACAAAAAGGAGAGCGGAAGCGAUAGCUGGGGUUUUCUAGUUGGACUCUCAAGGGAUAAAAUCAAUUAAGAAUAUGGUGUGUGUUUAAAAAGCUGCAGAAAUUCUGGGCACGUGGCUGGUAACUGGUUCUCUGGAAGCAUUUCCUCUUUUUUUUUUUUUUUUUUAACCUAGCAAAAAAGAAAUUUCAAGCACCUCUUAAACUCAAAUUGUGCCAUGUGCUUGUGGUGUCAAGUGUCCCAUUUGGUUAUUGUGGCCAAUGUCCGUACCAAAGAACGGUGAAGUGAUUGUCUGUGUUUCAAAUUGAUCAAUUUUACUUCUAACUACUUAAGGCAAAGCAAAAUGAGAUGUAGGAAAGGGCUUCCAAACUGGCUGCAUCCUCGUGCUGGCCUAGGAUUUGCAGCAUCAGCAUUGUAUGAUUUGAGAACAGAGCAAAGCCCCUUUCUGACGUGUAAUUAAGGACAUGCUGCUACAGGGUGAAUGUGAAUUUACACUAGCCUGAAAAAUGUAUUUGCAAAUACAUUUAUUUGUGCUGCCAAGAACAAUGCUAUGUCUUCAUUCUGGCUGAGGGAGCAGGGUUUGGAUCUGACCUCAGCAAGAGCAAGUGCUGUUCUGCAGCAAGAGAAAGGAAAUCGUAUGAAAUAUAUAUGAGUUCCAGCUAUGAGGACUGCUUCACCCACAGGCUCUUGGUAAGGGAAAUGCCACAGUGAUUUGAGUAUCAGCUAGAGCAGUAGCUAAUGGGUCAAGUCCUUAUGCUGUUCUGAGAUUUAAUGCUGGUAGCUGGAAAAUGGUGCUCCCCGAUGUUUCAUGUGGGUGAACAUCGACUGUUAUUUCUACGAUAGCUGCCAGGGCAACUGCUUUAAUGCAGGCUCAGCGCUGAGCAGCUGUGGCUGUAAGCGAUUUGGAUGCGCUGGCUUUACCAGCAGGUCACACUCCCCAGGUCCAGCUUCACUCAGGAGCUGUAUGUAGGGGUUGAAGGCUUCUCUUGCCCCGCAAGGGCUCGUUACCUGCCAUUUCCAGCCUUCUUCGUGACAGGGUCACCUGCCUCUGGUAAGGAGGACACCAACUCCUGUACAUUCUCACUGGUGUGUGCAGGAAGACGUGCAGGGCUUCAGGGGUGCAGAAACGGCAUGCCUCACCCCUGUGCUGCUUCGUGUUCUGGCCACUGCGUUCACUUGCAAGGUUUGCUUUUGGCAACAGGCAGCUCCUGACCCGUCGGUGGUAACUGUCUCUAUCUCCUGCUUUCAGCACCAGUUUGAUUAAAGGGUAAUGCAUCCUAUUUAAUUAACUAUUUUGCAAGCGUGAGUAUCUAACUGCUUUAUCUUUGGACUUGAAUAAUAAAGCCGGCUGGCCAAGAAGCUGA